UCGAUAUCAUAGUUUUGCUUCCUGCUCAACUUGCAAAAAUAAAACGAAACUGCGAAACGUCAAAACAACACGUGUAGAACUGUCAAUAUUACGCGUUUCUCGCUGUAUUUUUAUGGAUUAAACUUGAAAUUUAUCUAAAAUCUUUAUAAAUUCACUGUUAAAUAACAUGCUGCGACGACAGGCGCGAUUGCGCCGCGAAUAUUUAUACAGAAAGUCCGUCGAAGACAAACAAAAAAGUAUUCAAGCUAAGAAAGAUCAGUUAAAGAAGAGUUUAGAAGAAAACAUUCCUAUUCAUGGGGAUUUGAGGAAAGAAGCUAUCGCUUUACAGAAGAGAAUUGAGUUUGAAGAUAAAGGUCCAGAAAGAGCAGCAGUAAUCGGCGGUGUGAGUGGAGGAGCAAACACCCUCAGUUCACAGGAUGACGAGUACAGGUUUGCAGGAGUCGAGGAUCCGAAGAUCAUGAUUACCACAUCCAGAGAGCCCAGCGCUCGGCUUAAAAUGUUUGUUAAGGAACUUAGGUUAAUUUUCCCAAAUAGUCAACGUAUGAACCGUGGUGGCUACGAGAUGUCACAAUUGAUACACGCAUGUAGAGCCAACGAAGUGACGGAUUUUAUUGUUGUACAUGAACAUAGAGGAGUGCCUGAUAGCUUGGUAAUCUGCCACCUCCCAUACGGACCCACCGCGUCAUUCACCCUCUCCGGCGUGGUGAUGCGACACGACAUACCAGACAUUGGCCCUAUGAGCGAGCAGUAUCCUCACCUCAUCUUCCACAACUUCAAGACUGAUUUGGGUCUACGCACAAUGAGUAUAUUAAAGUACUUGUUCCCUGUCCCGAAGGAGGAUUCCAAGCGGGUGAUCACAUUCGCCAACAAUGACGACUAUGUUUGCUUCAGACAACACACGUACAGAAAGGCAGGCAAAGAAAUAGAGCUAUCAGAAAUCGGACCCCGGUUCCAAAUGAAACUGUACGAGAUCAAACUGGGCACUCUAGACGCGCUCGACGCCGCCGACACGGAGUGGGCGCUCCGCCCCUACAUGAACACGGCGGCCAAGAGGCGCUUCCUGAGCAACGAGGACGGCUGGGUUGAAGAACAAGAUUGAUCAAUAAAGACGAUUGAUUUUUA